CUCUGCCCAUUUUCCUCUUCCCUUUCCACCUUUCCUGUUUCAUCCACUCUCAUUGAUUGGGUUUUUGAUGAAAAGCACCAAUCCCUUUUCUUCACUCUACACUCUUUAGCCUUUAUACCUAUCUUCCCUCACUCUAUAACACUCGAUCUCUUCAUUAUUAUUCAUUCAGUAUACUAUACUAAUCAUCACUGCAGUUAUGAAGAGGUUCAGUUUCUGUGAUUCUUCUGCCACUUUGCUUUAUCCACUCCAAGAGAAGGAUAUGAAGGAGAAUUUGGUUUACGGCGGUGAAUUGCAGGCAAUGUUGGAUGGGUUGGAUGAUGAGGAUAGUGUAGAAGAGAAUGUGGGGAUGAAUGGGAAGAAGAGGAGAUUGAGUGUGGAACAGGUUCAUGCACUGGAGAAAGUGUUUGAAGUUGACAACAAGCUUGACCCAGAAAGAAAAGUGAAAAUCGCCAGGGAAUUGGGGCUUCAACCCAGACAGAUUGCAAUUUGGUUCCAGAAUCGCCGUGCCCGCUACAAGACUAAGCAACUGGAGAGGGAUUACAAUCUGCUCAAGGCAAAUUAUGAAACUCUGCACCUUAAUUACAUCAAAGUUGAACAAGAAAAGGAAGGCUUGAUUGCAGAGCUUAAAGGGCUGAAAGAGAAGCUGGUGGAAGAAGAAAAUAAUAAAGAAUGCAAUCACUCUCACUCUGCAAACGAAAACCAAGAUCCAUCAGCUCCAAGAAACUGUGAUUUAUUCCAAUUGUCAUCGGAGACCAAAGAUUUGAUGGACUUCAAAGACGGUUCAUCAGACAGUGACUCCAGCGGGGUGUUGAACAAUGAAGAUUGCAGCUUCCACUAUCCGCCAUUGAUGCCGCCUAAAAGCUCAUCACUUUACCACCCACAGUUGGUGAAAAUGGAGGAAAAUGGGUUUAACGCAGCUGAGGAUUCUUGCAAUAUUUUCUCACUGGAUCACCCUCCUAACCUUUACUGGUACUCCGCCGAUUACAGAAACUAUUAGUGGAUUAUUGGAUAUAAUCAUAUCAUUAUUAAUUCCAUAAUGGAAAUAAUUCAUGUCUACUACUUCAAGUACUUAACCCUAAACAGGCUUUAUUGCUUUUCUAAUUACUCCCUAGUAAAAUUUUGUAACUUCCAUGCAUUUUUGGUAUUUAUUUUUUUGAAUGACCAGAAAAAUCUACAGUCA